AUGUCCUCGUCAGAAGAGCAGCAGGUGUACCAUCCGAAGGAUGCCAUCUCUACCGCAGCCAAGACCACGCUGAUUACCGGCAGCAUGGGUCUGUUCACCUCCGCCGUACAGAACACCCUCGCAAAACAGAACCUUGGGCCAUGGGGUGUCUUUACAAGAACAGGCAGCACUAUCGCUCUGUUUGCGACAAUGGGCGGCGCCUAUGAGUUUGUGAAGACCGCUUCCGCAAACCUGCGCGAAAAGGAAGACUUCUGGAACGCCACCCUGGGUGGAUUCUUUGCCGGCGCAGCCAUGGGCUUCAGAGCACGUACCUUCCCCGCCGUCCUUGGCUACGGUGCCACCGUCGCAACCGUUCUCGGCGUAUUCGAAUAUACCGGAGGCAGACUUGAAGGAUACGGGACGGAGACCAAUGUGGACGAGUAUGACAGACGGGAGUCAUUGAGAAAGAACUAUCGUAGCCCGGGAGAACAGACAAUUGCCGAGCUGGGCGAGGGAAGAGGAAUUUAUGGCCCUGGCUACGCAGAGAGACGACAAGAGAGAAUAAAGCAGAACUACGGGAUCGACGUACCAGUCGCCCAACCCUCGGCCUCUUAA